AUCUCUAUCUUUCUUCUGUGACUAACUCAUCACAGGUACCCUAACCUCGUUCACUGCUGAUCGGAGAGGGGGAAUUCCGUUUGCCUUCAUUACCACCUGCGCUUCCUCAUUGCUCGGAUAAACAAUUACUUUACUCACAGAUUCUUCCAAGCGUUUUAUUUAUAUUUUUGCUGGUAAACUUCCCUGCAGUUUACCCAGCAGUUUAUGCACCAUGAAACCACCUAAACGAUUACAACCACUGUCGGAGCACGCACAUGUUGUUCCUCUUUCUAAAUGCCGCCAUUCAUCAAAACGAUUCCAUAGCCAUCACAAAAAUAAAAGCACCUUAUCACCAGAAGCACAAACCAUCGCUUUGAAUCCUGAUCCACCUCGAUGCUUAGUCGGGUUUAAUAGUUACAAUGCCAUUUGCCGAUCUCAUCGGCGGCGCAAGAAGCAGUCUAUACUGGAGUCGAGUAGUACGAUGAACUCUAGAAAAUGGGUUUUCUCUUCGCGUGAUUCUUCAUCUUAUAGAGAUAAGGUUGUGAUUGUUUCUUAUAACAUAUUAGGUGUUGAAAAUGCAUCCAAUCAUGAAGACCUGUAUUGUAAUGUAUCACCAAAGUAUCUAAAGUGGGACAGGCGGAAGACACUUGUUUGCAAGGAGAUCAAGCAGUACAAUGCAAGCAUCCUAUGCCUUCAGGAGGUUGAUCGCUUUACUGAGUUAAAAGAUCUUUUUCAGAAAGAUGGAUUUAAGGGUGUUUACAAGGCACGGACUGGUGAAGCUUUUGAUGGAUGCGCUAUAUUUUGGAAAGAAGAAUUAUUUUCUCUUUUGCAUCAUGAGAGUAUAGAGUAUCAAGAUUAUGGUCUUCGCAACAAUGUUGCCCAACUUUGUGUUCUAAAGAUGAACGAACAUAUGCCAAAGUUAGAUGCUGAUACCCAAUCAAUCAUUCAACCUUUCCAAAACCGAACCUUCGUGAUAGGAAAUAUACACGUGCUUUUCAAUCCGAAACGUGGGGACAUCAAGCUAGGCCAGGUGAGACUACUUAUUGAAAAAGCAUCCAAGCUAUCACGUGAAUGGGGCUGCAUCCCUGUUAUACUUUGUGGAGAUCUAAAUAGCAUUCCACAGAGUCCUAUAUACCAAUUCUUGGCAUCAUCGAAGCUGGACAUUCGACUUUAUGAUCGCUGUAAAAUCUCAGGACAAAUCGAAGCUAAUUCAAAAUGCAAAUCCUUCAGGCCUUCAAAUGUGAAGAUAAGCAGCUUACCCGUGUCACAUAGAUGGAGUGAAGAAGAAUUAAGGCUUGCUACAGGCAGUGAAGUGACCACUCAUCUCAAGCACCAUUUAAAGCUUUGCAGUGCAUAUCUUGGUGCUUCUGGAAGUUGUAGAACAAGGGAUAAUUAUGGAGAACCCCUAGCAACAUCCUACCACUCCAAGUUUAUGGGCACUGUUGACUAUAUUUGGCAUACCGAGGAAUUUGUUCCUGUCAAAGUUCUUGAAACCUUGCCCAUUGAUAUCUUGAAAAGAACUGGAGGACUCCCUAGUAAGAAAUGGGGAAGCGAUCAUCUUGCUCUAGUUUGUGAACUAGCUUUUGUAGACAAGAGCGAUGAGCCCUUACGUCAGCAGUGACACUUAAAUAGGGGAAGGAGGCUACAACAGAGUGGAGUUCAUUAAUUGCGCUUUUCGUGUCGUGUCGUGGCAAUUUGUAACAUUGUCGAUGUGUUGCGUCCAAACCAUAUAUUUUUUGUGCUUGAUUGUGCUCGUGCCUCCUAGGCUUGUGCCUGUUUCGUGCCGUGUCAAAAAACACAGCCUAUAUUUACAACACUAGUUUUUAUACUUUCUGACAAUUUUGAUGUUGAUUGGGGUUAGAAUGAGGAUAUAUUUAUGAUAUAUUUACUUAUUUGAAGUUGAUUGGAUCGAAAUAAGAAUGGGUAUGUAUUGUGGUACGGUUUUGGUUAGCAUCACAUAUUAUAUGGUUUGAAUAUAUUUAUAUUGUUUCUUUAAC